CUGAGAAACCACUUCCUCCGAGCAUUUCAUCCGGUCACAUUUAACUCAUUCGUGAAAAGUUUUCCUUUAAACACUUUGCUCCCUGAUGAAUCCGAUGAAGUAGCAUUUGUCUGCAUCCCAGUAAAUUAUAGGAAAGAGAAACAGCUCAAAGAUUUCAAAGUAUCGGAUGAAAGUUUUUUCCCAAUGAAAGCCGCUUUACACCGCAGCCUUGCUGUCUGGCUUAGAAGCGCUUAUUAGUUUUGUUAUAUGUAGCUAGCUUGAAAAUUUUGCACAUCGGAGCAUUUAACUAAAUAAUUAUAAUUGUUGAAUAGUUUUUUUCUUUUUUUUCUCGACUCACACCGACCACGAUAUACGGUAGAAGAAUGAGGAAGAAGCAGAAUAUGAAACAUAGGAAGAACGAGGAAACUACAGUGGUCCAGGAGUUUGUUGUGGAGAAGAUCAUCCAGAGGAGAGUCUCCAAUGGAAAAGUGGAGUACUUUCUGAAGUGGAAAGGCUUUUCUGAUGCCGAUAACACCUGGGAGCCAGAAGACAACCUGGACUGUCCUGAGCUAAUUGAGGAGUUCCUCAAGAGCCUUGCUAAAAACAUGGAGGUGGGGGAGGACCUGGAAUCCCCACAACCACCAAAACCACUUGAGGUGCCUGCUGACGUGGAACCUCAACAGACAGAGCAGCAGCCUCUCGCUGAGCAUCAUGGGAAUGCGCUCCAGGAGCCCUGGGGGCAGGAGACUGAGCGGCCCGCAUCCUUCACAAGCCAUUUCGAACCCGAGCGGAUUAUUGGAUCCACGGACAAGCAAGGGGAGCUGAUGUUCCUGGUCAAGUGGAAAGGCACGGAUCAGGUGGCCUUGCUUCCAGCUCGUGAGGCCAGCACAAGGUGCCCCAAGAUUGUCAUUGCGUACUAUGAGGAGAAGCUGACCUGGCAUUCUGGGGAUGAAGACCAGCAGUGAGGCAAGACCAGAACAUGUGGUGGAAAGAACCAAGGGAUAGCAGAUCCCAGGUGGACCACACUGACCAAGGACUCGACGGUGACAUAAAUGGCAACUGAAGCCAUUUCUUUCCCAGUCCUUCCAGUAUGUAGCAUAGUUAUCCACUGUGAAGAGGUUUCUGUCAGUGUUGUUAUUCUGUAGAGUAGAACUCUGUGAUAAAAUGGUGUGAAUGUAAAAAAGAAAAAGUUCUGUUCAGUAAAAUAGAAAGGAACCCAUUGUUUAGAGACAGAUUACCGCAAGGGUAGCAUCUUGAAGCACGUGGAAGGGUGAUGUGCUCGUCUUACGCAUCCCGACAGUCAAACUUUUUCCUCUGAGUAUAUUCUGGAAAAAAAAAUGUAGAUCUUACUAUUAGAAUGACAAACAUGGGUCUCAUGAGGAAGGCGUCUAUGGAGAAUGAACGCUGUUACUGUGAAGGUGAGAUUCCAGUGUGUGUUUACUCUGAAUAACCAUAUUGUUUGGACACACAGUUCCGCUUACUUUGAUAUCUUAAAAUGAUACAUUUUGUGCUUUGGUUAAUACCCAAAAUCAGAAUCCCGCACUGGGCACCAGAACACGCAGGCCAGGCCCGGGCGGCACCAGCCAAGGUCGUCGCCCCGAGUGCUGCAGCCUUCCGUGAUUAGUGGAGAAUUUCAGCUGCUUGUUUUGUUAGCAUUUCUAUAUCCCCGCACUGUAUUUGUGAAGAAAUGCAUAUUUACUGCACUUACCUCAAGGUCUGAGAACACUGGGCUGUGUUAAUGAUAAUGUUAUGUCUUAUCUGUCUGUGAUUGUACUAACACUGAGGUAAGAGGUUUACCUAGAAUCGGGGUACAAAGUGAGGGUUUUUUUUCCUAUUUCAUUUUAUAGGAUUCAAGCUGUCCAAAAUGUUCGUCUGAUCUGUGGUUGUGUGGUUUAUUGGUUUUGUGUGGAAAAAGUUGUUUCUGUUCAAGUCGUAGGUUAAACCAGAAACGUUCUGAUUGUUUUUCGUCUGAAAUGUUCUUCAAGUGUUGUUCUUGCUGUGUUUGUUUGAAAUUUCUAUUUAAAGACCACAGCUGAGGUCCUAAUACCAAACACACUGGAUUAAAAAUCCAUUGAAGGCAAA